GGUCUGCUAUGCGAUGAAGAAUUAUCGGCUGCCAUCAGCCAAGGAUUUGCUGUUCACUGGUGGCGCAUGAGGGCAUGCUUUCGUUUAGUGAUUUUUAUUUUAUUUUAAAAAAUUAGUGUUCAUACAAUGCAAGUUCUGCCGCUUGAUCUACGGAGAAGGCAGUUAACACGUGUAAAUGAUAAAGCUGCAAGACGGAAUAAGAAUGGGGUCGCUGUAACAAACCAAUGAACCCGGGAAGGGAGCAAAACCCAGGCAGAAUUAGAAACAGCAACUGUCCCAAUUUUCUUGCAUAAAAUGAGUUUGUAGUACCUUUUUUUAGGUAUGUGUAUUUAGUUGACCUAUUGCCUUGUUAAUCAUUUGCACUGCAAAGUGCCAUGAAUGUAUUAUUAUUAAAUUAACUUUGUAUCCCACCCUUUGCCCGCAGGUCUCAGGGCAGUUCACAACAUAAAAUCACAAUAUAAAAACACAAAUACAUUAUGUUCUAAAAUAAACAAAGACUAAGGGCACUUCCACUGUCACUAUUUUGCCAGGAAAUUUGGGUUUGCGCAAUUAAAGCAGAUUCAAGCUCUGGCGCAGGUGUGGGAAAUCUUUGGCCCGCUGCAUGUUUUGCUGGACUACAACUCCCAUCACCCACAGCAAGCAUGGCCAAAAGCCAGGGAUGAUGGGAGUUGUAGUUCAGCAACAGCUGGCAGGCAGGCCAAAGGUUGCCUACUCUGUACAACUAAUAUUUAAACAAUCAUGGCUAUUUGUAGUUGGGAAAGUGACUUGGAAAUAGACUGAAAAGUGUGGGAUUAACAAAUGACACCCCACAAACAAAUCUGAAUGAGUGCUCAGUGAAGACCAGUCACCACAUAAACUUUAGGGUGAAUGCUGAAUAAAUUAUUAUGGCAUAAACUUUCACAGGCUGUAGUUCAGGUUCUCAGUUGCAUGAAGUGUAAUCCUGCAUUGCAGGUUGUUGUUGUUGUUUAGUCGUUUAGUCGUGUCCGACUCUUCAUGACCCCAUGGACCAGAGCAGGCCAGGCACUCCUGUCUUGCACUGCCUCCCGCAGUUUGGCCAAACUCAUGUUCGUAGCUUCGAGAACACUGUCCAACCAUCUCGUCCUCUGUCGUCCCCUUCUCCUAGUGCCCUCAAUCUUUCCCAACAUCAGGGUCUUUUCCAGGGAGUCUUCUCUUCUCAUGAGGUGGCCAAAGUAUUGGAGCCUCAGCUUCAGGAUCUGCCCUUCCAGUGAGCACUCAGGGCUGAUUUCCUUCAGAAUGGAUAGGUUUGAUCUUCUUGCAGUUCAUGGGACUCUCAAGAGUCUCCUGCAGCACCAUAAUUCAAAAGCAUCAAUUCUUCGGCGAUCAGCCUUCUUUAUGGUCCAGCUCUCACUUCCAUACAUCACUACUUGGGAAACCAUAGCUUUAACUAUACGGACCUUUGUAGGCAAGGUGAUGUCUCUGCUUUUUAAGAUGCUGUCUAGGUUUGUCAUUGCUUUUCUCCCAAGAAGCAGGCGUCUUUUAAUUUCGUGACUGCUGUCACCAUCUGCGGUGAUCAAGGAGCCCAAGAAAGUAAAAUCGCUCACUGCCUCCCUUUCUUCCCCUUCUGGUCACCCCUCUGGAAACUGUCAAAUACCUAGAAGGUCUCAGGAAAAGAACCCCCUUCACCAGGCAUCUAAAGGCCAAGGCACCACAAAGAGCCCAUCCCUGCUACUCAGAUGCGAGAGGCCUCCGAGACCAAAGGUGCGCUUUGCAAGAGAGCAGGGCCUCGCCACCUGAGCCCUCUGCUGGAAUAUCAUGCAGGAGAAUUAUGAGACGCUAAUCUCUCUGGGUAAGGAUUCCAGCGGUGCCAGUGAGGCAAUUGUGGACCCUGGAACAUGAGGACCUUCUCCUUUUAGACAGCCACGUGCAUUACCUUCCACAAUUGACAUUUUCCUCAUUCUGUCGCCGCCAUUCCAUUCUUUACAAGUCCUUCUACAUUCCUGUCGUGUCAGAGCGAAAAGCAGAAGAGAUGGCCAUCAGCCUUCCCCGGAUCACUGCGCUGGCCGACUCACAUCGCAGAGGACUGGCGUCAGCUGGAUUUCCACUUUCCAAACCUGACCUGCUCUCCUGGAUGGACCGAGGGGAAGACCCCUGGAUUCCAGAUUUUCAGGAGCCGGAGGGAAGGGAGGUGCCAAGUGAGUCUAGCCCAGGUGACGAGCGGAGAAGGAAGAAUGAGGAUACCCAUCAUCAGCAAGAGGCUUUGAGCAAGACAGACCUCCAGGCAGAGAGCACCCUGGACAGGAGUCCAGUAGAAGGAGAGAGCCAGCCAGAAGGGAGACCGAGGCACACAGAAGCAGCAGAAGGAAAGGCAGAGAAGGAAAGGCAGGCAGCGAGCGCUUCCAAACUCCUGUUGCCCUCUGGGAUGCCACAAGGGACCAAGAGGGCCCACCACUGCCCCGAGUGCGGCAAAAGCUUCAGCCAGAAGUCCAACCUCCUCAGGCACCAGAGGCUUCACUUGGACGAAAGGCCCCACAAGUGCGACGGGUGCGAGAAGAGCUUCUCCGAGGCCGAGGCCCUGGCCAAGCACCAAAAGUGCCACGUGGGCGACAAGCCGUACAAGUGCGAGGACUGUGGGAAGAGCUUCAGCUGGACCUCUCACCUGGAGCGGCACCGGAGGGUCCACACCGGGGAGAAGCCCUACGCCUGCAAGGAGUGCGGGAAGGCCUUCAGCGUCGGGUCGCACCUGGAGAGGCACCGGAGGAUCCACACGGGGGAGAAGCCAUACCAGUGCAAAGACUGUGGGAAGAGCUUCACCGUCAGCUCCACCCUGGUGCAGCACCAGAGGACCCACGCAAACGACAAGCCCUACCAGUGCGCGGACUGUGGGAAGGGCUUCAACCUCAGCGCAAACCUGGCCGCUCACCAGAGGAAGCACCUGGGCCAGAAGCCGUACGAGUGCCCUGAAUGCGGGAAGAGCUUCAGCUUCACGUCCCACCUCGAGAGGCACCAGAGGAUCCACACGGGAGAGAGGCCCUACCAGUGCACCGACUGCGGGAAGAGCUUCAGCCGCAGCUCCCACCUCUACAGGCACCAGCGGAUCCACACGGGUGAGAAGCCGCGCCAGUGCGUGGACUGCGGCAAGAGCUUCUACCUCAGCGCGGCCGCCCUCCAUCACUUCGGGACGUCCCCGGCAGGGGGCAGGGAUCCCACCAAAUGCGCCGAAUGCAGCCGCAAACAGGCCGCCCCCAACCCACCCUCGCCACCGCCUCCUCCCUCGCCGCCGGUUUGCAGGGAGAAGCCCCACAAGUGCGCGGACUGCGGGAAAGGCUUCGGCCAGAGUUCGUCACUGGUGAAGCACCAGAGGAUCCACACGGGAGAGAGGCCUUACCAGUGCCCGGAGUGCGGGAAAAAGUUCAGCUGGUGCUCGGCCCUCAUCAAGCACAAGAGGAUCCACACGGGCGAGAAGCCGUACCGGUGCGAAGAGUGCGGGAAGGCUUUCAGCGUCAGCUCACACCUUGAGAGGCACCAGCGUGUGCACUCGCCAGACAGGCCCCACAAGUGCACCGAGUGCGGGAAGACCUAUGGGGAGCUGGCGUCUCUGGUCAAGCACCAGAAAUCCCAUGCGGCCGAAAGCAAGCGUUACGGGUGCGCCGACUGCGGGAAGAGUUUCAGCUGGAGCUCGCACUUGGAGAGGCACCGGAGGAUCCACACGGGGGAGAAGCCUUACGCCUGCGGGGACUGCGGGAAGAGCUUCAGCGUCAGCUCCCACCUGGACCGGCACCGGAGGAUCCACACGGGGGAGAAGCCCUACCGCUGCAACGAGUGCGGGAAAAGCUUCAGCGUCAGCUCCACCCUCCUGCAGCACCAGAGGACCCACUCGAGCGGGAAGCCCCACAAGUGCAAGGAGUGCGGGAAGCGCUUUGUGGCCGGCGCCCAGCUGCUGACGCACCAGCGGACCCACCGGGGCGAGAAGCCGUACGAGUGCACCGCCUGCGGCAAGAGCUUUGGCUUCGUCUCCCACCUGGAGAGGCACCGGAGGGUCCACACGGGCGAGAAGCCAUACCAGUGCCCCGUGUGCGGGAAAUGCUUCAGCCGCAGCUCCCACCGCAACCGCCACCAGCGCACGCACACGGCCAACCGGCCCCCCAAGGGAGGGGCGCGGGGAGGGGCCGAGGGUGGGAAAGGGGGCUCCAAGCGCUACAAGGAGCCGGCCCCGAGUGUUCCCGAGCCCGCUCUCUCUAUCAUGCCGCCCUGGUGGGGUGAGGGAGACAGGAACAGCAACCCGCCAGCUGCUCCCACAUGGCCCGAGGUCUCAACUCCCUUCCAAAGCCCCAUCCCUAAUGCCGCCCAUCCUGGGGGUCUGCAGGGAUGGGGCAUGAAGGGGUUCCUGCCCCCAGAUACAUGGAGACUGGGGGAAAGCAGCUCAGGCUGGGCGUCCACCCUUGCCCAAGAUGGUUGGCCGCAACUUCCCCCCACCUCCUAACUGGGUGAUGAACCUCAACUUCCAGAUCUGUUUUUGCUUGAGGGUUAGGCAGGAGAGGAAGUAUUUGCCUUUUCUCCACCACCGCUCCUCAGCUGAUGUUGAAAAAGCACAAGGUAACAGCUCUGCUGGGACGGUACCAUUUCAGAAUGGGUGUUUUAUGGGCGUGGAGGAAAGACUAUCUGAGCACUUCUUCACAUUAAAGAACAAAACAAAACUCCUGCAUGUAGACAGCUAGUGUUUUAGAAGAGGAGGAGGAAUCCCAAGGAGGAAGCCGUGGGGAAGCUGCUUGUGGGCCUCCCCCAUACAGGCCUCUUCUUAUGGUGUUUCCAUGUUCUGAGAGGGCCGGAUUCAACCAAGUGGGAGCCAGCGCAAGCAGAGCCUGCUGGAUCAGGCCUGCAGCUCAUCUUGUCCAGCAUCCUGUUCUCACAGUGGCCAACCAAAUGAAGGAAUCCGGCUAGGGCAACCAGGGCUUUGUCCCCAAACGACUUCCCAAAGCAGCUGGCAGGUGGGGUGGGGGUGUCAGGAGAGCCCCCAGAACAGCACACGGCUGGGGAGGGGGGAAGGAAAGUGGAGUUGGUUCCACCUGGCAAGCAGAAACGCUUGCGCUGACAGAACGAUUGUGACAGCACGACGCUGAAUGACACACAGAGUUUCUUCAAUGCAGGGGGUGUUGAAAGGUGCAGCAAAUCAUGUGUCCAGAGCCAGACCAAGACAUUUCGCUGCCUGAGGCAGAGGAGAAGAGGAUGGCGCCAUCUCAACCGGGAGCUGAGUGUUACUUGAGAGCAGCAGGGUGCAUACAGGUCUUCCCCCGGCAGGCGGUUACACAGCUAGGGAACUUGGAAGAAACAGCAGUGCCUCCCCACCCACUUUCAGCAUCUACCUCCUUACAUAAUCACCUCACUUUGCCCAACGGUAGGACCGGCAUCUCUUCAUGAUGAGGCGAUACAAUCCCUGGUGGAAUGUAUACCGUGUUCUCCCCCCCCCCCCCAUGAGCAGCUGAACUGGCUCACAAUGCCAGUUGUUGGGAAUGGGCUUAGAUGUUUGCAAUGAGCAGAGCAGAGGAGGAAUGCAUAUUCCCACCCAGGCAUACCUCUGUUCUUGCGGGCAUCAUGGAAAUGGUGUUUUAUGUACCUUAUUAGAGGUACAUAGAAUCAUAGAAUUGUAUAGUUGGAAGGGACCCCCGGAUCAUCUAGUCCAACCCCCUGCAAUGCAGGAAUCUCAGCUGAAGCCUCCAUAACAGAUGGCCAUCCAAUCUCUGCUUAAAAACCUCCAAGGAAGGAGAGUCCACCACCUCUCAUGGGAGUCUGUUCCACAGCUGAACCGUGCUAACCGUCAGAAAGUUCUUCCUGAUGUUUAAUCUGGGCCCCCUUUCUUGUAACUUGAAGCCAUUGGUUCAGGUCCUAGCCUCCAGAGCAGAAGAAAGAAAGCUUGCUCCAUGUGACAAGCCCUUGAGAUAUUUGAAGAUGGCUAUCAUAUCUCCUCUCAGUCUCCCCUUUUCCAGACUAAACGUACCCAGCUCCUUCAAGCACUUCUCUUAAGGCUUAGUUUCCAGACUCUUGAUCAUCUUGGUUGCCCUCCUCUGCAAAUGUUCCAGCUUGUUAACAUUUUAAUUUGUUAACGCCCUUAAUUUGUGGCGCCCAGAACUGGACCCAGUAUUCCAGGUGUAGUCUGAUCAAGGCAGAAUAGAGUGGUACUAUUGCUUCCCUUGACCUGGACACUAGACUUCUGCUGAUGCAUAGGAGAUACCAGGUGCAUUUUAUGGUAUCCAGGGCAAGUACUGGGUGAUGGGCCAGUCUGGCCAAGUUCUGCAGAAGCAAUGGGUGCUGCUUGAGAGUAAGAAAGAAGCAUGGGAUUGAGUCUAAAAAUGGGGCCCAGCGGUGGCAGUGGUCCUCUGGUGCAAGUCGCCUCUCAUGUGAGCAUGCAGCCCGAAAAGAUCCAUGUCUUGAUGUUCUUCUGUAGCAUGUUGGAGGGUAUGGAAAAGAUGAGAUAGCGUGACCUUUUCAAAGGCCGCAGGGGGAAAGGUCCAGGACAGAGUUGACCCUGAAUCCCAAAUUCCCACAUCCACGCACAACCUUGAAUCGCCAGAUCCCCACUGUGAGGCUCUUAAUCCCAGGGUUAUAAGUUUGAGCCCUACGUCGGGUGAAAGAUUCCCGCUUUGCAGGGGGCUGGCCCCUUUCAACUCUACAAUUCCAUGAUUCUAUAUAAUCAGCAUUGGGGGCGCUUCCUUAGUGGGAAACCAGCCUUGUCCGUUGAUGCUCCUCGAUUGAUCUAAACCUCCUUCUGCCAUCAGUUCCUAACAGUAAAGUCUGCCAGGACCCAGCUGAGAAGUCCAGAUUUAUAAUAUAGAAUAUAUAUCCUAAAGGACUGUCUUUCUCCAUAACCGGUUCAUUCCACAAAUCAGGUCUUUUCUUGGCCCAGCAUUCAGAGGAUGGGGUUUGAGCAAAUUCCCUAGUCUCUUAGGGAAGAGGCUGUUUCCUCUCUCCCACGCCUCAUUCUGAGAAGUGUAUAUUCUCCCGCCUUGGGCACUUCGUUACAGUGGUACCCAGGGUUAAGAAUGUAAUUAGUUCCGGAGGUCCGUUCUUAACCCGAAACCGUUCUUAACCUGAGAUGCGCUUUCACUAAUGGGACCUCCUGCUGAUGUCGCGCCACUGGCGCACAAUUUCCAUUCUCAUCCUGGGGCAGAGUUUGCAACCCGAGGUACUACUUCCGGGUUAGCGGAGUUUGUAACCCGAAGUGUUUGUAACCCAAAAUAUUUGUAACCCAAGGUACCACUGUAUAUCCUAGCUGAUCACAGGAUUGCUGCUGACCUGCAAAAGACUGACCAGCUCCUUUGCCUUUAAUAACAGCCCUAGAGGAAGAAAUCAGCAGGUGUUGCAAAUUGUCACAGCAUGGGACAUCGAGCCCCUGCUUAAAGGGGCAGCUAUAGAGCUUGUUUGGAAAGACGGGACUCCCCUAUGAGGUAAGAGACAGGCCUGAAACCUGUGAUUGUGAUAAAGGCAGGCCCUGACCAUGUGCAAAAAGCCAGGUCCUUAGUGCUGAGCAGCCGCUGCUCAUUGCCCAUGUGACACCUGGACUUUUUAAUAGAGCUAAAUAAAAGAGGUAAAGGACCCCUGGACGGUUAGGCCCAGUCAAAGGCGACUGUGGGGUGUGGCUCUUAUUUUGCUUUCAGGCUGAGGGAGCCGGCGUUUGUCCACAGACAGCUUUCCGGGUCAUGUGGCCAGCAUGACUAAACCGCUUCAUGGGACACCGUGACAGAAGCCGGAGUGCACGGAAAUGUCAUUUACCUUCCCGCCACAGCUGUACCUAUUUAUCUACUUGCACUGGUGUGCUUUCGAACUGCUAGGUUGGCAGGAGCUGCGACAGAGCAACGGGAACUCACUCCGUUGCACAUAUUCGAACUGCUGAUAGCUAAAUAAAGAGAUGCUCAGAGCCGUGAAUUGGAUUGCAAUUUCAUUGCAAGGAGUUGGACUAGAUCAGGCAUCCCCAAACUGCGGCCCUCCAGAUGUUUUGGCCUACAACUCCCAUGAUCCCUAGCUAACAGGACCAGUGGUCGGGGAAGAUGGGAAUUGUAGUCCAAAACAUCUGGAGGGCCAAAGUUUGGGGGUGCCUGGACUUGAUGGUCCUCAGGGCCCCUUCCAACUCUACAAUUCUAUGAUUAUCAACCAGAGGCCGUCGGGAUGGGGAAUGGCAACUGUAGAGGACUUACCACAGGCACACCCCUGAACAUGUAGUUUCAGACACAUAACCAUGAGCACUAGAAACUUCUUGAAAGUAAAUAACUCGGGAUCCAAGAGGUUUGGGCUUAAAUCUCAGCUUAGUUACAAACUCACUGGAUAGCCUUGGGCCAGUUACAAUCUUUUAGACUCACUUCCCCAUCUGUAAAAUGGAAAUCAGGGUGACUUGCCUCACAGAGUUAAGAAAAAAAAAUCCUGGGCAGGACUAUCCUCCCUGCCUUUCAUCCACUUCUUCCAGUUUUCCCUCUUCUGCCCAAUUUAGGAAAUGAUGCUGGAGCAAUGACAAGGAGACUCUAACCCUGCGCCUAAGACCUACUACGCCUGAAUGAUGUCAGCAAAGAAAUCUUAUGGCAACAGUUGUUGUUUUUUGGGGUGGUGGAGGGGCUAAUGAAAGCCCCAACCAGUUGUGGUUCUGCAUCCUUUGCUCUGUACCCACCCUUCCUUCUUCUUAUUUUCUAUUUUUAAAUUAUUGUGGGGAAAUCACAAUGUAACAGUUGUCUGAAAUGAACUCACUCUAUUUGGAAUUCAGCACUACAGAAUUUUUUUAAAUCACUAUUACAAUUAUUAUACUAUAUGCUGCUAUUAUUAUUAUUAUUAUUAUUAUUAUUAUUAUUAUUAUUAUAUGAUAUAUAGGUGAACCUCAAUAAAGGAAGACAACAUCAUCCUUGAAACUCUGAAUACCCUCCUGCUUUUGUUUGGCCAGGCUUCUAACAGCUUGGUAACAGGUGGAAAUAAGGGAGAUGGAAGGUUUUUCCUGCCACUGCUUCCCCAUAUCAUGGGAAACUUCCCCUGUUGAACUUCUGUUGGUUAACUCUUAAAGGCACAGAGACCUCCUGGAUGGCAAACUAGCCUGGUUUUCAACCAGAUGUGUUCCUUUGCGAGGGGAGGAGUGCCUAUAGUUGGGGGUGCGAGAGAUCUAGAAGGGAAAACAUUGUGAAAGGGAGUUCCCCCGCCCCAGUGGUCCCGAUCCACCCCCCCCCCGACACUGCUUUUAAAAUAAAUUAACAGUGCAAUCCCUCUAUGCACCUGCAAUCCUACGCCUCUCUCAGUUGAGAGAAUCUGAGGUGGUUCAAUGGAAGCAGGACAUGAGUCCGUUAGUUCUUCAGGUAUUAAGACUGUAUCUUAUUGCUUUAAGCUUGGCAGCGACCCUCCGUACUUGGGUUGUAAUAUUGCUGAGUACGAGUAGCUGACAGAUACCAUGCUUGAGGCAGCGGAGGCUUCUAGUGGUUGUGUGAAACAGAUGACAAAAUUGCAUGUAUGUUGUGUUGAUUGAAAUUUUGAAUUCUACCACCUUGUAGUCGUGUUCUCUGAAUUUAUUUAUUUUAUAUUAUGGCUAUGGGUGUGGGUGU